GUUUUAGCUGAAUCAAAUCAACAAGAUGGCGUCGAGUUACGAUGGACAUGUUCCCAAAAGACAAAGAACGGACAACGGAUCGUACAAUUCAUAUAAAUCUGACGAGGAGAUGGAGGUUUCCCAAGUGGUUCACAUCCGGGGCCUGCCAGACCACGCCGUAGAAGAUGAUGUCAUCAAUGCUGUCCAGCACUUUGGCACUGUGGAGUUCGUCAUCAUUAUGUCAAGAAGAAAUCAAGCCCUGGUGGAGUUUACAGACAUGAAGGGAGCCAUGGCCUGUGUGAACUUUGCAAAUAGCAACCAGCUGUGUAUUGGUGGUCAGCCAGUGUUGUUUAACUACUCUAAGAGUCAGCACAUCCAGAGACCAGGUGGCGCGAUGGCUGGACGAGAGGGAGGGGCACGCCAGUUUACGCCCAUCAACAAGAUCCUGCUGUUCACAGUUGUCAAUGCCAAGUACCCCAUCAAUGUGGAUGUGAUGCACACAAUCUGCUCGCCCCACGGAACUGUGGAGAAGAUUGUCAUCUUUCGCAAACAGUUUGUCCAGGUUCUUGUCCAAUUUGAAAACACUGACAUGGCCAAGGCAGCUAAAGACCAGUUACAAGGAUGUGAUAUCUACUCGGGAUGUUGUACACUUCGUGCCGAGUAUGCCAAGACAGAUGAGCUGAAUGUUCGCCAGAACAACAGUGACAGCUGGGAUUAUACUCAGCCGAGUGCUCCUGAGCCAUCGCGGAAGAACGCACCUCUGUUGGCCGACCCAAGAUACACUGCACAGCCCACUCCUUAUGAGCAGUUUGAGGAUUAUGGUGGAGAGCAGGCAGGGUUCAGUGGCCAGUAUCAGAAUCAGGGGGCGUAUGGGGGCGGACCCCAGGGGAUGGGUAUGGCAGCUAGAUCUGCACCCAUGGGCAGGGGGUCUGUCGGUCGGGGCAUGCAGCAGCAGGGAUACCAGCAGGGGGGUGCUGGUGGAUACGGUCGAGGGCGGGGCUUGCAGGAGACACCCCAGUAUGGCGGGUUUAUGGAGACCGGUGCUGGUGACGGGUCGCAGGCGGGCGCUGUUGUUAUGGUGUAUGGGCUCGAUCCUGAACGCAUGAACUGUGAUCGUCUCUUCAACAUCUUCUGUCUCUAUGGAAAUGUCAUAAGGGUUAAGUUCCUGAAGACCAAGGAAGGCUCCGCAAUGAUACAGAUGGGGGACAGCCUACAGAUUGAGCGCGCAAUCUCAAACCUCAAUGGAUGCUCAAUGUUUGGGUCGAAGAUGAUUGUCACUCAGUCAAAGCAGCCGUAUCUCCAGCCUGUCCACAACCCGCAUGAGCUCCAUGACGGAACCCUCUCAUUCAAGGACUUCGGCCGCGACCGAUACAACCGAUUCUCCACACCAGAAACAGCGUCCAAGAACAGGAUCAUUCAUCCCACUGAGAUUCUCCACUACUUCAAGGCCCCGGCAAAGGUUACAGAGGAACAGAUCACAGAGAUGUUUGAGAAGGCUGGAGCCAAGCCUCCCACCAAGAUUCUGCAGUUUCAGGCCAGGAGUGAGAAGAGUUCUACUGGUCUUGUGGAGUGGGAGACAAAGUCGGAUGCUAUGGAGGCCCUCGCCCUGGCCCAACAUUCCGAAGUUGACAACCCUGAUGGUGGUAAGCCAUACAACAUUCGACUGUGUUUCUCUCCAAGUAAUAUUCGCAAGAACUGAACACAUACUUCGGCUAACGUCACUGACUCUUCGGAUUUUCUGAUACGAAAAUGAACAAAAUAUUUUAAAACUACAUAUUUCAUGUGUCUAAGACAUUUCAGUGUUAUUCUAUAAAUCAUGUAUAAAAUAAGUAACUUUAACAAGUUCAUGAUUAAUUCAAUUUUUUAUUAUCGUGCAUUGUAUAUGUAGUUUAGAAAGUUUAUUGUCACCUGACUACUAAAAACUGUGGACAUUUCUUCAUUGAAUAUUAUUUUAUGUUCUUAAAUGUUUUCCCAUUUAAUGAGAAUAUUGAAUACAAAAUAGUCAUGCAUGUUCUGUAGCUUGGAUUCAUUGAUUAUCCUUGGAAGUAUAGAUGAUCAGGGCUAGAGAUUUUUCAUAUGUUUUUCCUUUCACCAAGUUGUUGUAGAUCUGUUUACAUAAUCUUACUGAAACAUUCAUAUUUUUGGCAAUUCAUUAAUGUGUGUUGUAAUUUCAUUAAAUGAAUUUUUAUUCUAUUCGAAGAAUAAGGAGGCUUUACUACUUGUCCCGACGAUGGCGUCUGUGUUUUGUUAAGGUUUUAGGGCAAGUUGGCAUUUUCACUUAUAACUUAAUAUCAUUCAUUCAAUUCACACCAUAUUUAACAAGGUUGUUCAGGACCAACACACAAUUAGGUUCCAUAACGCCAUAUCAUCCUAAAUACAAAUUAUGGCCCCUGAUUGACUUUGUGACUUAGGUUAAAGUUUCAGGGAACAUUGUAUUAGGAUUAAGUUUUAGGGCAAGUUGAGAUUUUCACUAACAACUCAUAUAUCCUUCAUUCAAUUCACUUCAUACUUCACACAAUUGUUGAGAUCCAUCCUACAUUUAGUUUCCAUAACUCAAAUGAUAUCCUCAAUACAAAUUAUGGCCCUUGAUUGACUAAGAAAGUUUGGUUUGAAGUUUUAGGGCAACUUGGCAUUUAACUAAGUUCAAUACCCAUUAUUCAUGCUUCACGCAGUUGUCCAAAGCCAUCACACAAUAAGGCUUGUUAACUCCAUAAUAUCCUUAGUACAAAUUAUGGCCAUUGAUUGACUUUUUGAUUUUCCUUUUUUUCUCUAGUGUUUUUUUUAUGAGCACAUAUAAUUAUUUAUCAUUAAUGCAUUCAUUUCUGAGACAAUGUGGCAUAUAGUCGAGCGCGCUAUCCUACAACCGCUCUUGUUUUAUAUGGAAUAUUAUAUGGAAUAAUUAUGUUGUAGUAAACAUGUGUUAAGUGUCAUUGAAUAAAUGUUUUGAAUGGUAA